AAAAAUGUCUGUAAUAUUAAAAGCGAUACGACUUUGCUAUGAUUUCAGAUUGCCGGCAUCUACUCGAACGUCAUUAGCUAUUAAUUAUUAUAAUAUUUUUCACAAAAAUAUUUCAACAGCUGUAGAUUUACCCCAAACAAUGGCUUCAGAGAAAAUACUGCCAAACAUAUUUCAAUUUGUAGACAAGAAUAUAAAUUCCUACAAGAGUCUCCUGAAGGAAGCUGUCGCAAUUCCAUCUGUGUCAUGUGAUGUGAAGUACCGCGAUGACUGUGUACGAAUGGUUAAGUGGAUGCAAGACAAACUAAAGGAAGUUGGUGCUACUACAGAAUUACGAGAUGUUGGUUUCCAGACUAUAGACGGAAAGGAAGUUAAACUGCCUCCAGUAUUAAUAGGCACUCUAGGAAAUGAUAAGAAGAAGAACACAAUAUGUGUAUAUGGUCAUUUAGAUGUGCAACCAGCCCUGAAAUCUGAUGGGUGGCUCACAGAACCAUUUGAGUUGGUUGAAAGAGACAAUAAGCUAUAUGGCCGUGGUUCUACUGAUGACAAAGGUCCUGUCCUUGGGUGGCUUCAUGCUAUAAAUGCCUAUAAAGGAGUUGGAGUAGAGUUGCCUGUGAAUUUGAAGUUUGUCUUUGAAUGUAUGGAAGAGUCUGGGUCCGAAGGACUUGAUGCUCUUCUAAUAGAACAAUUGAAACCGGCUGGAUUUUUUAAUGAUGUUGACUAUGUAUGCAUAUCUGACAAUUAUUGGUUGGGAACAACAAAGCCUUGUAUUACUUAUGGACUUCGUGGGAUAAGCUACUAUUUCUUGGAAGUGGAAUGUGCAAAAAUGGAUUUACACAGUGGUGUAUAUGGUGGCACAGUACAUGAAGCCAUGUCUGAUUUGAUUUAUUUAAUGGGUCAACUAGUAGACAAGGACGGCAAGAUACUAAUUACGGACAUCUACAAAUCGGUAGCACCGUUAACGGAAAGUGAAAAAUCUCUUUACACAAAUAUAGAUUUUGACCCCGAGGCAUAUAGAAAAUCAAUUGAGGCCCCGAAGUUGGCACAUAAUGGUGUAAAGGAACAAUUGCUGAUGCAUAGGUGGAGGUAUCCUAGCCUAUCCUUGCAUGGUAUUGAAGGUGCCGCUUUUCAACCUGGAGCAAAGACUGUCAUACCGGGAAAAGUGAUCGGUAAAUUUUCUAUACGUCUUGUGCCAAAUCAAGAACCAGAAGAAGUAGAAAAGUUAGUGUUUGAAUAUAUUAAUAAGAAGUGGGCGGAACGUGGUUCGCCUAACAAAAUGCGCAUAACAGCACAGAGCGGCCGAGCGUGGACCGAGAAUCCUGAUCAUCCCCAUUACCAAGCCGCCGCUCGUGCUACUAAACUUAUUUAUCAGACUGAUCCUGACAUGUCCCGUGAAGGUGGGUCGAUUCCGGUAACGAUCACGCUCCAAGAGGCAAGUGGUCGUAAUGUAUUGUUGUUGCCCAUGGGCGCAGGUGACGACAUGGCGCACUCGCAGAAUGAAAAGAUCAACGUGCGGAACUAUAUUGAAGGGAUAAAACUCUUUGCCGCCUAUUUGUACGAGGUUAGUAAGCUACCCAAGUGAACUGAAGACAAAAUACUCGUAAAUGCAUAAUACAUUAUGUACGGGAAGCAUUCCUACUUUUAAGUACAAUUUAUAUUUGUAUACUCUUUGUUCUUUUAUCAAUGCUUAAUUUGAUUGUUGAUUUAUAUUAACAUAAUAAUGUAAUGUGGUAAACUUGUUAUAAAACGUUAUUCCGCUGUAGCGGUCCACUGACAUAAUAUUUUUUAAUUUCAAUUUUGUAAUUAUUAUACAAUUGUCAAUUAUACUUCUGUAUUUUUUAUUCCGUUUUAUAAUAAAUGUUAUUUCCUUAAA